AUGAAAACUCAACCCAGCAGCUCUUCGAGCAAGGGACUACGUGGCCGGAGAAGUGGCGUCAAAGUGCCUUGCGAUGAAUGCAUUCAGAGAGCCAGCCAGACCGGAACAGAAGGCAACAAUCUUGAGCUUUGCGACAAAUGUACUGCAGUGCUUAGCCGGCCUCGAAAGAAGCAGGAAGAUCGGCCCUCAAACAUCCGCCGCGUACGCAGACAACGCCAUGCAAUCAUUGAUACGGCACUGGGUAUACAUACUGAGCAACCCGCGAUGCCCUGGAGCUCCGACAGACAAGAACAGCAUGCUCUUCAAUUCUUCAUCAAGCAUAGUGCUCCACAAUUAGCAGGAUACUUCGACUCUCCUUUCUGGCAGAAGAUGGUGCUCGUCGCCGCGCGACACGAGCCAGCUGUCCGACAUGCGGUUGCUGCGAUUGGAGCUUUGCACGAAAAACUGCUUGCAGGCGUGGUCAACCCUGCAGAAACAACGCAAGACAAGCGAGGCCGUUUCGCUCUUGAGCAAUGCAACAAGUCGAUUCAGAUCUUGAUCAAGCCUCGCGAGGCCGGCGGGAACCCCAAUCUUCGCCUGAUGCUUACAACAUGCGUCCUCUUCACUUGCUUCGAGGCUCUGCAAGGAAACUGCGAGCAAGCUAUCAUCCAUGCAUCGCAGGGGUAUAACUUGCUGCAACAGUAUGCCGUUGAUCCCGAGGACAAGCGUUGGGACGCCGGUGCGUUCGCCGUGGAACUGGAUCAACUCACUGUGCUCAUGAGGAGAUUACAGACACAAGGCAAAGGACUCAUGGGGAAGGACUCCAACAUGCUGUCGCGCACACAGGAGCUGGCCCUCGAGAAGCCGACGCGUUUCGUCGAUCUUAACGAUGCCCGCUCAACUCUGGAAAAAGUUUUGAAUCAGCUUACGGUAUUCUUCUUGGACCUCGAGUUAGACGAGCAGUAUUACGACAUGGCGAUUUCCAAUGGCGAGAAGCAUCUUAUCUUCGCGCCUUAG